AUGGCGAAACCCGAGGGGCCAUCACUCUCUCAGCUGUGGUUCUGGAACAUCACGCCACUGCAAUCCACUCAUCCUACCAAUCUUCGCGAUGGAUCUUUCUUUCAGAUGCUUAAGGACCGUCCAGUCCGGCUGAGGGACCCACAGCUCCCUUCCAACUUCACCCUCCCAUUUAAUCAAAGCCGCUCGAGCAGUUCUACCAAAUACAAGAAAACUGUCAUUCCGAUAUUGGGGCAUAUAUUUGCCAUUAUCAAACUCCGGGGACUUGAGAAAUUGGAGCACAUGUGGGGCGAAGACGAGCCGGAAGACCAAGAGUUGUCAACCGCACGUGAGGAAACCGACUGGGAGGCGGAAAUUCCCAAGCUUCGAGGCCCCCCUAAGUAUGGCGCCGAGUUCAUCGAGUCACUGUGGAAGCUCGCUUCUCACAGUUACAUGGAACAGUUGGCGCAUGAUCCCACCGUUCCGGAGCCCAAGACAGCCGAAGCAUUGUUCUUCGAGUACAUACUGCAGAAGGACGAAAACAUCGGCAACAACGCUUGUCUUAAAUUUGUCGUGGAUAAGGGAGCGGUACUGGCUGCGAUCCGGCAGCUGGAUGGGUUGAAAUCAAAUGCAGACACAAGCCCUUCGGGCAAGGAAACAAGGGGCCGAAGCCCACCGGAAAUCCCGAACGCAACCGAUGAUUCUCCUGGGACUACGCGUUCCAGAAACACCAGCAACAAAAGAAGGAGGCUCAACCGUUCUGUCAAGGUCCAGAGUUCUAUCGAGACCCCCAACACACCCAGUUCAUCGCAACAGACGUCGUCGCGUGCGCCAACAGAACGGCCGUCUUCACGUGCGUCCUCAGUCCAGCCCUCAAGGAAGAAAGAGCACAAGAAGCCACGCAGAAGUCAUCCUGCGGAGAUUGUCGACCUCACUAUAUUGUCCCCUGAACCAGAAACACAGUCACCUGGCAGAGCGGCAGAAACCAGCAAGUCUUACGGGCCCUCCUCGGGCAGCAUAAGUGCCACAGACAAGAGUUUUAGGAAAUAUAUGUUACGAAAGAUUGAUCACACCAGUGCCCAGGUCCAGUAUGAAAUGGAUGUGAUUCGACUCGAUAAUAGCAGGCGAGCCUUUGAACAAUCACCCAUUCGCGCCUACGACGACUUGCCCAUCAUGUCGCUCCCGCAACGCGCCGAACUCAAAGGGAAGAUGAACGACCUGAAGAGAAUGCGGUCGCUCUACUGUCAAGUUGAGGAAUUUGAUCCAAGGCUGAAUAAAGGCGACCUUGAUCGAAUGCUGGACAAUAUUGUCGAUGCAGUAAAUCUGCAGCGCGCAAAAGCCGACACUCGGAGAAACGAGACCAUGGAACACUUGAAGGAGAUGGACGAGCUGGGUAAAAAGCGAAAGGCUAGCGCGGAAAAGGUUGAAAGAACACUCAAGCGUCUUAAGGAAUGCGAGUUCCCGGAAGCUGGAGCUACGUGA